CUCUGAUAAUGGCAGAAGCUCAUCAAGCAGUAGCUUUUCAAUUCACUGUAACUCCAGAUGGGAUUGACCUGCGGAUGAGCCAUGAGGCACUCAAACAAAUUUACCUAUCUGGUGUCCAUUCAUGGAAGAAAAAGUUCAUCAGAUUCAAGAAUGGAAUUAUCACUGGCGUUUAUCCUGCUAGCCCAUCUAGCUGGCUUAUUGUAGUUGUGGGUGUGAUGUCAACAAUGUAUGCCAAAAUUGAUCCUUCUUUAGGAAUAAUAGCUAAAAUCAACCGAACACUUGAUACAACUGGCUAUAUGUCAGACCAAACACAGAACGUCGUAAGUGGAAUACUUUUUGGCACAGGGCUUUGGGUUGCCCUUAUUGUCACAAUGCGCUACUCUCUAAAAAUGCUGCUUUCCUAUCAUGGUUGGAUGUUUGCUGAACAUGGCAAAAUUUCUGCAGGCACCAAGUUUUGGAUGGCACUUGUAAAACUGUUCUCUGGACGCAAACCCAUGUUAUACAGUUUCCAGACAUCUCUACCACGAUUGCCAGUUCCAUCUGUUAAAGACACAGUCAAUAGGUAUCUGGAAUCAGUUCGGCCGCUUAUGGAUGAUGAAGAGUUCAGAAGAAUGGAGGGUCUUGCCAAAGAUUUUGCAUUUAAUUUGGGACCAAGGCUUCAGUGGUAUUUGAAGCUAAAAUCCUGGUGGGCCACUAAUUAUGUUAGUGAUUGGUGGGAAGAAUAUAUCUACCUUAGAGGACGUGGACCUAUUAUGGUUAAUAGUAACUAUUUUGCAAUGGACUUCCUUUAUUUAUCUCCCACAACCCUGCAGGCAGCUAGAGCUGGUAAUGUUAUCCAUGCCAUCCUGCUCUAUCGGAAAAAACUGGAUAGACAAGAAAUCAAGCCGAUUCUUCUGAUGGGUUCUACUGUUCCGCUCUGCUCAGCUCAGUGGGAACGGAUGUUUAAUACCUCUCGAAUCCCAGGAGAGGAAUCAGAUACUCUCCAGCAUGUGAACGACAGCAAACACAUUGUUGUGUAUCAUAAGGGCCGUUACUUCAAAGUAUGGCUGUACCAUGAUGGUAGACUGUUGAAACCCCGAGAAAUAGAACAACAGAUGCAAAGAAUUCUUGAUGAUGAUUCAGAGCCUCAGGCUGGUGAAGAGAAACUAGCAGCUCUUACUGCAGGAGAUAGAGUACCAUGGGCUAAAGCUCGACAGGCUUAUUUUAGCCGUGGAAAGAACAAACAGUCCUUAGAUGCUGUUGAAAAAGCAGCAUUUUUUGUGACAUUGGAUGACAGCGUGCAAGGGUACAGGAAAGAAGAUCCAGUGAGGUCACUUGAUGCAUAUGCAAAAUCCUUAAUGCAUGGCAGAUGUUAUGACAGGUGGUUUGAUAAAACAUUCACUCUUAUAGUAUUCAAAAAUGGCAGAAUGGGUCUGAAUGCAGAGCAUUCUUGGGCAGAUGCUCCUAUUCUCGGACACCUGUGGGAGAAUGUAAUGGCAACUGAAUAUCUUGAACUGGGCUAUUCAGAAGAUGGUCAUUGCAAAGGAGAGACCAAUCAAAGUAUUCCUAUUCCCACCAAACUACAGUGGGAAAUUCCAGAAGAAUGCCAAGAAAUGAUUGAGAGGUCUCUGAGCACUGCCAUAGCUCUGGCAAAUGAUGUGGACUUCCAUUCAUUUUUUUUUGAUGUUUUUGGGAAAGGACUAAUAAAGAAAGCAAAAACGAGCCCUGAUGCAUUUGUGCAACUUGCCCUGCAGCUUGCUCACUAUCGGGAUAUGGGAAAAUUUUCCUUAACAUAUGAAGCAUCCAUGACGCGCUUGUUCAGAGAAGGCAGGACAGAAACUGUUCGUUCGUGUACUGUUGAAUCAUGUAAUUUUGUUCAAGCCAUGGAAGACCCAACUGAAAAUAAUGAAAAUAAGCUGAAGUUCUUCCGGCUUGCUGCUGCCAAACACCAGCACUUGUAUCGUCUCGCUAUGACUGGUGCUGGCAUUGAUCGCCACCUGUUCUGCCUUUAUGUCGUGUCCAAGUAUCUUGCUGUAGAUUCUCCUUUUCUUAAGGAAGUGUUGUCAGAGCCUUGGAGGCUGUCAACAAGUCAGACACCACAGCAACAUAUUGACUUAAAGAAGAACCCUGAGAUGUUAUCCUGUGGUGGAGGAUUUGGACCGGUGGCUGAUGAUGGUUAUGGUGUUUCUUACAUUAUCUUGGAUGAAAAUUCCAUCCAUUUCCAUGUUUCCAGCAAAGUUUCUUGUUCUGAGACGGAUUCUCAUCGUUUUGGAAAAAACAUCCAAAAAGCAAUGGUUGACAUCAUGGGUUUAUUUAACCUUAGUAAAAACUGUACCAAGUGAUUUGCCUUAUCGAUGCCAAGCCAUCUCCCAUUGUUGGGAUGAGAACUCUUCUGAACAGUGAAUGAGCAAGAUUUGUUAAACGGCAGGUGGUGAAGAAACUGAGUAAACAUCUGAUCACCUAUGAAAACCUUAGUAGUGCAUUGAACAUUUCAUUUUUUUCAGUAGUUUGGAAGAGGUUAUUUCCACAAAUAAUGACUUUUGAAAUCUUGUAUGUU